AGGACCAGACGACGUCCGCCUCUGCCAGCAGUGAGCACCCGCAAGGAGUUUGCAAGGAGUUUCCGUUGGUGUAGCAAGAUGGAGUGGUCAAGACUACUGAUGGUGAUGGUGAUGGUAACAGCAGGACGCGGACAGAACCACACAAAUCUCUUACGACAGCGGCUGCGAGAGACCCUCCUCCGCAACUACAGUAAGGAGGAAAUCCCAAGGUCUCAUAAGGAGCUACUGAUCCUCUCCUUGACCUCCUUCACCAUCAGGAAUCUGAAUAUGCUCGAAGCAAAGCACCGUCUUCAACUCCACGCUUGGGUUGGCUUCAGCUGGACAGACCCUCGCCUCAUGUGGGACGAUUAUGACUGGGACGGCAUUCGUAAGCUGUCCUUCAGCUCUGGAGACCUGUGGCUGCCUGACAUAACUUUUUACAACGCGGCAGAAGCUGAUGACAUGCCACUAAUCCCAAAGACUCGACUGGCUGUAAGUAAUAACGGAGGUGUCAUUUUCAUAAAUCCUUUCGACAUGGCCUUCUCCUGCGUGGCGGACCUCGCUUACUGGCCCCAUGACACCCACGAAUGCCGCCUCAAGCUCGGUUCGUGGACGCAUGACGGGUAUACCAUCGAGUUCUCCGUGGGAGACGCGCUUACCACAAAGCUAGGAAGUGAGGUGACGGUGAGUCGUGACGGCACAAUGGACACUCUGAGCUGGGAGAUCCUAAACACCGCGGUGAAGCGAGAAGAGCUUCAUUACGCCUGCUGUGACGAGCCUUACAUCAACCUGGAGGUGCUGUUCAUACUGCAGAGGAAAGCCUCCAUCUACAACUGGCUCGUCAAGGCCCCAGCAGCCUGUCUGAUCCUCCUAACGAUGGUGGUGUUCGUCCUGCCUCCGGGGGCUGGCGAGAAGAUAACCUUCGGGGGAAUCUGCCUCCUACUCAACUUGCUCUUCCUCGUCUUCGCCCACGGCACGGUCAACAACGCCCCGAACACCACGCCGCUUCUAGUUGAGCUGGUGGUGGUGCAGAUGGUGGUGACAGCCGCUAGCGUCCUCAUCGCCUCCUGGGUGGUGCGGGCUGCCCAGGGAUCUCACAUCACCCCACCCCCCAUGAAUGUGCACAGCUUUUCCGUCAGAAUCGCGCCCGCCUUCUGCCUCCACGCCUACCUUAGACAGCACGCGGCAGGACAAGGGCAGGCUGAGGCGGCGAAAGACGAGGAGAUCGAGAUGGGCAGCCUAGUGGGGCGAGGUUCACGAUCUGAGCAGAGCGGAAUAGCUGCCCAGUGGAUCCUCUUUGGUGCCGUGCUGGAUCGAUUUGCUCUGUGUAUCUACCUUAUUGUGAGUCUGAUCAUACUUAUAAGGUUCCUCUGCGUGAUCUAAAGCCAGAGAGGUCGGUGUGAUCCUCAAUUGUCCAUGGCGGUUAAGAAUGUUCUCCAUUAGAUUAUGAAUGUUCACAAUAACUGUAACAAGUAAGGAAUGAGUCAAUACCUUUCCAUGUUAUUGUCAGGAUUUCUUUUCCUUAUUUGUCCAUUACGCAUACAGAAUUUGGAAGUUGGAUUGAGCUUGCUGCUUUGCCCAAAGUGAAUGCCGGGUGCUCACUAUUGACACACACACACACACACACACACACACACACACACACACACGAAUCCUUUAAAACAAAUGAGAACAAAAGACACAAUUCAUUAGAGCCAGGUACCACUCUUCUUUCUCCAUACGUCGUGAACGCGUGAGUGUCUUGCUGGGAUUGGGUUUGGGAUUUUCGAGGUACAAGUCAAACCAUCAUCUAAAAAGGUUCGACAAUCACCUUUACCACUGGGUGGAGGCAAGAGGAGGGAUUGAGUUUUGAGGCAUUUAGCAAUACCAAUUUCGCCCUGCUGCAAUCAGAAAUUUUAGAGAUCAGACGUUCUGUGGCUUCCCUGCGUGAGGUGGUUAAUUCCUGAGGAGUUGGACGUCCAUGAAAAGAUGUGGAAAAAUUCAUGAUGGUAUCAUCAACGUAAGAGUGAAUAGGACAAGAAGUUUGGUUUAGAAGAUCACUGAUGAAUAAUAGGAAGAGAGUGGAUGACAGGACAGAAACCUGAGGAAAACCACCGUUAAUAGAAUGAGAACAGUGAACGUCUACCACAGCAGCAGUACAACGAUCAGAAAGGAAAUUUGAGAUGAAGUCACAGAGACAAGGAUAGAAGCCGUAGGCAGGUAGUUUGGAAAAUAAAGCUUUGUGCCAGACUAUCAAAAACUUUUGAUAUGUCUACGGCAACAGCGAAAGUUUCACCAAAAUCCCUACAAGAUUCACUAUGGAAAGCCAGAAAAAUCACCAGUAAAGCGGCUGUGUCGGAACCCAUACUGGCGAUCAGAUAUAAAAUUGUGAAGUGAUAGAUGAUUAAGAAUUUUCCUGUUGAGGAUAGACUCAAAUUUAGACUAUAGUUUGAGAGAUUAGGGCGGUCACCUUUUUAAGGAACAGGCUGAAUGCAGGCAAACUUUCAGCAAGAAGAAAAGGUACUUGUUGACAGAGAGAGUUGGAAGAGUUUGACUAGUCAAGGCGCAAGCACAGUGGCACAGUUUCAGAGAACAGGAAAGAUGCCAUCAGGUCCAUAACCCUUUUGUUGAUUAAGGCCAUCGAGGCCACGGAAAACAUCACUGCGAAGGAUCUUAAUAGGUAGCAUGAAGAAGUCUGAGGGUGGAAGAGAGAGAGGAUUUAAUGACUGAUUUAAUUUAUGGCGUCGCAACAUCGCGGUCACAUGGUGUCGCUAUAAAUCUUUAAAAGCGACAAAGAAUCCAGAUCUUAAAAUAUCUGCACUAAAAACAAAGUUAUAGGAAUGGAAAAAAUGUUAAAAGCCCACUAUAAAAGAAAACAAAGGAAAUGGAAAGAGGCGUAAAAAAUGAGAGGAUUGGUAUAGUGAUGUUUUAGUUACUUAAUUUAAUCUAAUUUAAUUUAAUUUAAAGUGAGGUGCUAUUGACCCCACUGACCAAGGUAUCAGGCGUUGUUGGUUACGUGCCCAAGACACUGACCCCACUGACACAGACAUCUGGCAUUGUUCGUUAUGUGCGCAAGACACUGACAACACUGACCCAGGCCCCAAGACCAAGCAUUGUUCGUUACGUCUCUUCCUAACUUGCCUCCAUGUUUUCCCAGUGCAAAAAUAAGGUUCUGCUCAAUAUUAUAUUAAUUACAAAAUAAAUAGAAAAACUGUUAAAAGGUAAUCCAUAAUUUCUUUAAAAGACCAGCCUUCUCCACAAACAUAAGAACCUCAUGUUCUGGAGAGAGAACCCUCUCUCAAAGAAUCAGCGACAUCUGGAAGGUCACAUCCUCAUCGCGACAGCAGAAAAGAUAUCGCUCCCACAGUUCCACCAGGCUAGGACACUCCAUUAAGUGUUACACUGUAAAGGGAACUAAGCAGUCAUGGAUUUCCCUGGACAUGAGGUAACCAUGAGAGACGUGGGACACCUGCCCGGAGAGAGCCCAGUGCAGUCUGUGAGUGGCGCCUCUGCACAUGGACAUGUUCAUAGGGGGAAAGUUACAGAAGUUAUCUCACCCAUCUUGGUGGUGGCAACCACAUCUUCCCACCUACUUGCCAACUGGCAAAAACUGCCACCCUUAUACAGGAGUAUAAAUCAUGAAAAGGAAUGAGGGUGGAAGGAGCAACCCAAGUUGCCGCCUCUUAGCCAGCCUAUCGGCCUUUUCAUUCCGAUGACCUCCCACAUGUGCGGGUACUCAAAAAAAUGUUAUGUGAUAUCCUCAGCGGUGAAGCAAGUGAAUCCACUCUAAAACAGAUAAAACUAGGAGGGAGAGAGGAAGUAAAAUGCUCCAGGGCAGACAACAUAUUACGGCAGUUACUAAAAAUAGUUAAACUUGAAAAAGGUAAGGUAAAAAUUAUUUUUAGGGGAAGAAUAAUGGCGGAUAACAGUCGAGGCUACCGCCUCAACAAAAGUUAGGAAAUAUUACACUUUAUUCCCAAUCCUGCAUCAGACUUUGAACCAUCUUUGUAGACAGGGGCAGAGCCAGAGUGUGUCGAAGAGUGCAGACUUUGAACCAUCUUUGUAGACAGGGACAGAACCAGAGUGUGUCGAAGAGUGCAGACUUUGAACCAUCUUUGUAGACAGGGACAGAGCCAGAGUGUGUCGAAGAGUGCAGACUUUGAACCAUCUUUGUAGACAGGGACAGAACCAGAAUGUGUCGAAGAGUGCAGACUUUGAACCAUCUUUGUAGACAGGGACAGAACCAGAGUGUGUCGAAGAGUGCAGACUUUGAACCAUCUUUGUAGACAGGAACAGAACCAGAGUGUGUCGAAGUGUUCCAAAAAUAAACCACGAGAAUCGUACAAUGGUUAUAAAAAUAAAGCACGAGAAUCGUACUAUGGUUAUAAAAAUAAAAGCACGAGAAUUGUACUAUGGUUAUAAGUUUUAUUAACAACAAUAGGAAGGGAAAUCGAUACCCGCGAAAAUUGCCAGUAUGGAGGGUAUAUCAAACUCGCUCAUGGGAGACCUGACCCGAUAUCCAAAGGGCUCAGGAAAACUAGGAGGAUCAUCAUAUAAGGUAGAACGUGCAUCAUGAGAAACUGUUGUACAAGUGAAAAGUCUGUACAAGAGUUAAGAAGGCAGUGGAUUCAAUACCAACACCUCAUUACUAGUGACUGACGGCGUAGGUUCAAUGGGAGGACACCAGCAUCCACCAGUAAGCUAGGGAUUUAGGAUGAGUGGAACGCACCAGCUGCAAGGCGAAUACCAGCGUGGUGCACCAAAUCCAGCACACGGAGCCGAAUCUCUGUAGUAGACGAAUAAAUUUCACAUCUGUACUCUAAUUUAGAAAAAAAAUACGAGUUCGGUGCAAGGCUCGGAGGGUCUGUCUGUCAGCACCCCAAGAUGUAUGUGCCAAAACUCUGAGAAGUGACAGCUCAUUGAUCCAUGCUGCCUUAAUAUAACGAAGAUGGAGUACCCAAGUGAGGCGACUGUCAAAUAUUAAGUCCCAGGAAACGAGUUUCUUUCACACAAGAGAUUCUUCUAUCAAAGAUACAAGUCUGGAUCAGGGUGAAUACCACGAAGAUGACAGAAAUGCAUGGCCACAGGCUUUGAGGCCGAGAAACGAAAUCAGAGUUCGUGGCCCACUGAGAAAUCUUACUCAGUGCCAUCUGCUGACUUCUCUCAAUCAAUGGCAUCCGAGCUACAGAAAAGGAGAUAGACAAGUCAUCGACAUAUAAGCUACCAGAAAUAAGCUACCAAGAACUUCUGGAAGUACACCAAUGACACUUAAUAGCUACAGCGUCAAGUGUGACACUAAGUAUACUUCCUUGCGGCACGCCAUCUUCAAGUGGGCGUAUUCCUGACAGAUCACCACCAACAAAUAGGGACUCGACUACAGAACAAUUAACAGUUCACUCCAAAGUAUCCGCUUCUGCACUGCAACGAGACGUAGGGAUGUGUGUGGCGAGGCAGCAGUCCGGUAAACAGCGGCACAUCACACGAGUUGAAGUCGAUCCAAUGCGAUGGUACUCAAUUGUAUUGAAGUCGAUCCAACGCGUUGGUACCCGGCGUGGAAGCAGGCAGCACAGGGUGAGGCUAACCGAGGCAUGGCAAGGCGAGUCCAGGAGAGGCACUGCCUAAGCUGCAGUGUGUGGGUAGCCGGGGUCUCCUACUUUUUUUUUUUUAAUAGGGGGAGGAGGAAAGAAGACAGCUAGCUAAGUCUCCUACUGCUACAGUUCCGUCUCCUUGUAUAUCCUUUGCUGAUGUGGCUGCAAUGACGUGAUCUCCUUGCGGUGGUACUUCAUGGAGCCGAGACGGAGCAUCAUGAUGCCGCCUUGCUUCGAAGCUUCGGGGCACCAUAAUACUCCCCCUCUCGGGCGAAUCCGCUCGGUAGCAUAUCGAUCUGUGAAAAAUGUGGUCACGAGAAGGGGCAGUGAUUAAUGAAGCAUACCUCUCUGGUGGUCGAGACAACCUCCUACCCCCUGGUUGUUGUUCUUUGUCGUAGAACCUCUGGGGAAGCUAAUUCAUCAUUACUUGUCAGCUCUGGGUAAUUUUGAGAAUUAGGAAGAUUGGUGAUGUAAAUGUAACCGGGAGUUUGCUGAUACUGAGUGGUAGGCGAGGUGCGAUGAGAGAGAGAGAGAAGGAAGUGGUUGUGGUGCCUUAUUGUGAAGGACACGUCUAGGAGAGAAACCAUGUGGUAUCCUAGCAGGUUUUAGUCGAUCCAUCGAGAUAUUUUCCUGACUGCUUCCCCGACUCAUCGUCAAAUACUUAUGCCUCGAAAUGACCUUGCAGGGACCGUCAUAAGGGCGGUCCAGGGGAUGGCGUCUGGUGUCGUGUCAUAUUCACCCAUACCGUGUUUCCUGCAGAUCCCGUGGGACAUAAGACUCAUGUUUUGUAGGCUGGCGAGGUGGAGUAGGGAACAUCUUUGAAGUGAUCUAAUGGAGAGUAUAGAAAUGCAUACAUGUUAUUACUAUUCUCUUUGUUCGUCGUUGCAGAGAACUGCCCUGUUAAGUGUAGGGUCUGGCCAAAGGUAAGUUGUGCUGAACUUGCUUGCAAAUAUUCCUUAGUUGUGGUGCGAAGGGCGAGCAUCACAAGCGGUAAAAAGUCAAUCCAACGGUAUGGGUGAGGUUGAGAUGAAGGUGGCGAUGAAAGUGUUCAACUAUACCGUUAGCCUGUGGAUGGUAAGCAGUUGUCUGAUUAUGAGCUGUGUCUAAAAACGACAUCAGAUCUUGCCAUAGGUGGGAUUCGAAAUGGGCACCGCGGUCGGUGAUGACUGUGUUAGGUGCGUCAAAGUGUGAGACCCAUCCUGAGAGAAAUGCUGAAGCUAUGAAUUCUGCAGAGAUGUCAGGCAUUGGAGUUGCUGUAGUCCGUCUGGUGAAACAAUCAAUGCAAGUUAGCAAAUACCUGUGUCCUCUAGACAAAAGCCAAGGACCUAGAAUAUCCACAUGGACCGGCUGAAACCUACAUCUUGGUGAAGGAAAUGGUUGCAAUGGAGCCUUCACAUGACAAUGAGCCUUUGAUGCCUGACAAGAGACACAUUGCUGGGUCCAGGAGCGAACGUUUUGCGAAUCCGAGGCCACACCACAGACCGAGUCAAGAGUCGUUGCGUGGCUUUGACUCCAGUGUGACUCGGGUUGUGAAAGUGGUUGAAAACCGUUCGUCGGUGAGAUCUUGGAAUGAACGGUCUCGCUUCUUCCGACACGUCGCACCACAACUGAAGGGAUGAACCAGGAACAUGGAAGGGAUGAAGCUGUAAAGACAUAUGAUUUCUUCUAAACUCAAAAAGAUCGUCGUCGUCUCUUACGCAAUAUCGAUUUGUUGGUACUCAAGCGGCGGCGGGUAUUGAGACAUGGUAGACAUGGUAAAUCAGCCUCCUCAAACAAAUAAGCCCCACUUGAUCUGUUCACUCCGUGUAUAAGAGCAAGAUUCACAUAAAUUAACAUUACCGAGUGGCGUUUAUGCGGUUUCACAUAUUAGCACACUCACUUGCAGUAGAGAUGAGCAGAUGGAACAGGAGAGGACGAGGAAGGUUGCCACUGGAGGAAAGGUUGUGUGUCUGUGGAGAAAUACAGACAGAGACACACGUUGUGGAAUAGUGCACCCUCACACAACAUCUGAGAGACACUCACGGUAUUUCUAAUAUUCCUGACUUUUCUGAUAUGUAUAAUGAUAAUGAAAGAUGCUUUAUAUUAUAUAAAAUUUUGGAUGUUUACAAGACAUAAGCGUUUGUCUACAGUGUUCAAUAUCCCUUAAUUUACUAUAUUAUAUAAGUUCUGAAAAUCUUUUCAGUAUAAUAUUAUGUAUUUGGGUUUUGAUUGUGGAUUCGUAUGGCUUUCAGUCUUUAUUCUGAGGGUUUGUUGCGGUUUAUAUAUUAAUCACAUAGUUUAAGGUUUUAUAGAAUUUAGUUUUUAGAUAGAGAUUAUAUACUACCCGUUUUAAUGUGUUAUUGUUCUGAGUAUUGGCUUUAUUGUUGCUUUGGCAGGUAUUUUAGUUUUGUCUUGGAAAUUUAGGUUUUGUCUUUGUGUUUACAUUGCAGUUUUAAAAGCAUGUCAACUUGCUGGAAUUUUAACUGUCAUUGAAUAUGCAUAUUUGCUAGAUUUCCAAACUGGACGGUAUGUUUUUACUGGACCAUAUAUUUUUCCUAUUUGUACCUAUACCUGUGUUGUCGUGGUCAAUAAAAUAAUUGAACUGAAA